UCCUCGAAUUUACUUAGGCUGGAAAAACCAAACAUGAAUGAGAGAAAAUGAAACAAAACAUGUGAUUCAGAGAAGCCAGUAUUUUAGCUUCUAAAAUGCUACGGUCAUGCUUCAAGAUGCAAGAUUUUCUAAGAAGAUGUGCAGCAUGUCUUUGUGUUGUGUUUGUCCUUGGAGCUGCAUUUGUUAUGAUGGAAUUUAACUUCUCCAAGUCUUCAAUCAUUUUAAAUAAUAGACCAAAGACAGAAAAGGCCAAAGAUAUUUACCAGAUGAAAUUUUUGUCUGCACGUAAUAAAUCCAGUCAAUUAACGAGGCCUCCCAGCCGACCAAUCACCACUAGGCCUGCCCCCACACACUACGUUACUGUCAAUUUUGAAGGACGGCUCGGGAAUCAAAUAUUUGAAUUUGCCUCCAUGUUUGGGAUUGCUAAGCAUAAUAAUCUCAUACCUGUUAUUCCUCCCAAUUCCCUGCUUCGUAGAAUUUUCAAAAUUACUCUCGGCAAUACAAGGCCUGAAAUCCAAAUGAACAGAAGGUAUAACGAGAAGAAGGGCUGUACCUUUGAGCCAGGCCUGAUGUCGCUGGGUGGGUCACAGAACGUAUGGAUAAAAGGCUACCUUCAGAGCUGGAAAUACUUUCAACAUGCAGAGAAGGAACUCCGAAAACAAUAUACAUUUCAAGACCACAUAGCAUUAAAAGCCAAAUCCACAUUCCAGUCUGUAAUAUCAGAGAAGAAAAUCAGCCCCGACAUUGUCUUCGUGGCUGUUCAUGUUCGCAGAGGGGACAUGAAAAAUAAUAAAAACUUUGUGAACUACGGAUACACAACGGCUGGUGUUGAUUACCUCGAGAGAGCCAUGAACAAAUUCCGUAAAGACUUCAACAACAAGGUUCUCUUUGUCGUGGGGUCUGAUGACCUGAAGUGGUGUAGAGAGAACCUGAAGAAGGAGGAUACUGUAUUCAUUCCUCCGGGUAAUUCUCCUGAAAUGGACGUGGCGAUACUCUCCAACUGUAACCAUGCUGUGAUGACCGUUGGGAGUUACGGCUGGUGGACUGCUUGGCUAAUCAAAGGUAGAACUAUCUACUAUAAAGGCUACCCUACACCCAACUCCAGUCUGGCCGCUUUAUUUAAGAAAGAGGACUACUAUUUGCCUGACUGGAUCCCUAUGUGACAAGUUCCUUCUACAAGCUUACAAGCAUCAAUCUACGCAAGCCAUAAUGUGAUUAGCUGUGUUAAACUGAAUUAAUUUCCUGAUGAAAAAAGCAACAGCCAAGAACUAUCAAAAAUGGCCCUGUGUCCAAAUGUAACCCAGUUACAAACAUGUUCUAUUCAUUGUGUAUCAUAUUUACACAAUCUAUAAUAUAUUUUCACAAUCCACAACAUAUUGUAUACAAUCUACAACAUAUUCUACACAACCAUAUGUAUUCUACACAAUUUACAUGUAUAUAGCUUUACAUAAUCAGAAAUGCAGAGGUUUAAAGCAUUUCACAUAGUGUAUUUAUAAAAACUUUUUUAUUGGUUCAGUUAAAUAUUUGUGGAAUAGUUUAUUAUGAACUCCAGGCUCUAAAGUGAUAUUAUUUUCUUGACAGAAUGCCUUUAAAAUGCUUGCUUAAAGUACACUGCACAUAAGCCUACCAUAAUUUGUUUUGACCACCCCCAAUCAUUUGAGAUAUGAAUGCAUUAUACAUGAAAAGCAUUCAGCCAUACAGUCAUGCAAAUACAAAUUCAAUUAUAUUUCAUAACUUCUUAAAAAUUGAGUGUACUGUUGUGAAUAAUACUAACUGGAGUAAAAGAUGAAGAAAGAGAAGUAGGCAGAUUUUUGGGUGCACAUUUUGUUUUUUUAAAAUAUUUUUUGCAAUUUUUAUCGCAUGUGAAUAAAAAGUUUUUUUUGGUUGCUCCAAGCCAUUUUUAGCUCAUCUCAAUUAAGUCUGUUUAUACCAUUCAUGUGCCAGCUUAAAUGUUUUGGAGCAGAUUUCUUUUUAAGUAUUUCUGUGGCCUGUUUUGAACAGAGAUGUAUGGACAUGUUUCCUUGCACUAGUCAGGUUUUGGUAACUUCAUUUUCAGCCAAAUUACCUUCAGAUUAAAGUAAGAAAGUCCCCAUCUCCAAGAAACUAUUACAUUUAUAUUGACCAAACUUUCUAGGAUGCCCAUUACAAGACUUGUUUUGGACGCCGAAAGUUGCCUAUAUUCCUGGAUGAGUGAACAGGUUAAAGUUUUCAUAGCAGCUUCAUUAAGUACCGUAACCAAAAGCACCUGGCCAAAGUUACAUGGAUGGUGCAUCAAAGGAUGUACACUACCAUGUUUGAUUAAGAGGCUGGAUCUGACCUACAUUUUCCAGAUGAGUAAUAAUGCUGAAAGGUUUGGAGCAGGCUCAUUCUGGUGCCACUUCUAUCCCUAUCCGGACCAAACUUUCAUGGAACUUUUAUUUGGAUGCCCAGUAUAGGUUCUUUGGAUAAUUUUGAUAUUGCCUUUCCAGAUGAGUGAAAAUGUUGAAUCUUUUUGGAACAAGCUCUUUAAGUCCUAUCUGCAACAAACUUUUAUGGAUUCACAAUUUAGGGAUGCACACUAUCAGAUUUUCUUUGGCUGCUGAAUUUGACCUACAUUUUCUGGGUGAGUGACCAAGUUAAUCAUUUUGGAGAGGUUCAUCCAAUCAUGGACUUUUUUUAGGCCCAUCAUGGACUUAUUUUUAGGCCCAUCAUAAAGUAAAUUGGCAUUACUGAUACAACUAAGAGGUACACAACCUGACUUACUUUGGAUGCUAGAUUGAAUGUACCCUUUCCAGCUGAGUGGCCAGGCCCCAAGUCCAAAAAUGAAAACAGACUUGCAUCAAAAUUUUCAUUUUUCAUAUUUUUAGUUUUAAUCUGUGUAUUUACUUAAAACAUUGCAUUUUAUAGCAUUUAAAUCAAUCUCAUGUUGAAAUUUUGUAUCUUUAUCAAAAUUAUUUCAAAGGUUAUUUUGGUUUGGCUUUUUCUCAGUGUGUGGUCUUGGGACCAGGUUUAAGUUUGUAUUUUGAAGAGAUCUGUUCCAAGUUACUGUGAGGCUCACCUGGAUGAAACACCUGGCUGAUUCACUAAUAGACCUGCUUUGUAUUCUAGGUCUGCAUAUUCUUGAUGAGUGACUAAUUUAAUAUUUUUAACACUGCAAGUAACUGCAAGCUCUUCAAGGACAAGAAUUGUAUAAAUGUUACUCCUAAGGAUUAUUAGUUUAGUGUGGAUCUUUGCCUUACUUAGACACCAUUCAUUGAAGUGAGCUAACAAUCUUUGAUAACCCAGGUUCUUGUUUUUUGGUGUGUUAUGUCCCUAUAAUUUUGAAACUGUGCUUAUGGAUAAGAGUAAGAAAAUCUUAAUUGAAAUGAAAUUCAUUAAUUUUCAUUUUACAGAUUUGGGCUUUAAAGGAAACAAAUUGUUAAAAAAAAUGCCUAUUAGGUCGUUUCAUUAUUACACAAAAUCUUUUUUUUUCAUCUAAAUUAAAUUGCAUUCAGAUAAUUGUUUUGCACAUGAUGGUCAGAUUUCAAUGUUUUAGUACUAAUAUAUGAACAAGAGAAAUCCUUUAUAGAUAAUUAAGUGAUAUGCAUUUAUAUUCAUUUGAAAUCCAGAUAUUUUUAUGCUCCCAUAAUCGAAGAUUCAGGGGUAUAUACAGGUAGUUUUUGCCCUGUCCAUCUGUCUGUCUAUUUGGCUGCAAAAACUUUAACCUUGGCCACAGUGAAGCUAUAAUGGCUUUCAUAUUUCACAGGUUUAUUCCUUGUGACAAGACCUUUCUUCGGGUGCCACACUAUUCGACCUCUUUACUUUGACCCACUUUUAUAAAAAGAAUUUCAGAACUUUAACCUUGACCUUAGUGCUAGUGCUUUCAUACUUUACAUGUGUAUUUACCUUUCAAUGGAUAUUAAUAUUUUUGACCUUGAUCUUAGAGUUUGACCUACUUUUAAUAAACUUUAACCUUGACCAAAACUUUUAAACAAUCAGUACUAGGGUUUUUGUAUUCCACAGGUAUAUUAAUUCCUAAUGACAUUUAGACCUUCCUUUGGAUACCAAUAAUUUUGAUCUUAGAGACUUGCAUCUGAGAAACUUGAACGGUUGCCAUAAGCUGUCAUACAGGGGCAUCAGUGUUUCACAAUCACAUCUUGUUAUUGUGUGUUAUGUAUGAUUUUGUAAACAUUAGACAGUCAACAUUUAAGAAAUGUCCCAAAUGAAAUCAUUAAAUUAAGAAAAAUUGUAACACUAAACUAUUAAAUCAAAAUGUCUGCUACUCCUGCCAUUUUAUCCUGGCCCAAAGAUCAGGUUUUGAUGUAAAUUGUUAACAAAGAUAAGUAGAUAGCAUACUUGACAACUUAAGGUACUCCAGACCAUGAGCAAGGAAAAUUUCAGGAGUUACAGCCCUUGUUGAUUUUAUAGUGUCGGGGGACAGUAUUUUUUCUCUCUUGCCUUUGAUGAAGAUUGAUGAAUUUGUUAUUGUUCUAGGUGACUGUACUUGAAUGACUGAGCUAAUGUCUCAAUAUGCUGCAAGGUUUGUCAGAAGAAACUUAGGAUAUUUAUUUACUUAUGGUGUUGCUUUAUUCCUAUUGUCAAACACAAAUAAUCUGAAAAAUUUACAUGGUUUCCAUUAAACAUAUUUAAGGCAAACAUACACUUGAAAACUUUUUUUUUGCAAAAUGCAAAAUAUAAAAAAAAAUCCACAAUAAUUUUGUUACAUAAUAUCAUAAUACCAAAAGUUGAUAUUACAGUAAUAUACUGAUAUGUACUGCACUAAGUUAUAGGUUUUUUUUGGUCAAACUAUACAUGAAUAUA